AUGAUUUUAUCCUUUAAUUUUCUCAAUUCUAAAGUGUUGCUCAUCUUUUCUGUGACAUUAUUAUUUCGACCCCAUUUCUCAUUUGCUACUUCAAAUCCCACUGGCCUGACCUUAAGGUUCGAUGUGGAUGAUUCUCCAGGUUCUCCUAUGUAUCGUAUUCAAAAUCUGAGCAUAGAUGAAAGAAUAGACAGAUUGAUCCACGUUUCCAAUGCUAGAGCCAAUUAUUUGAAUCUAAUUUCGAAUUCGGAUACAACGAUACUUCCCGAUAAUAUUCGAAUACCAUUAUUACGAGAGUCUUCAUGGUAUGCCGUAGAGUUUACGAUAGGAAGCCAAGGCCAACGAGUGAAGUUGCUGAUGGACACCGGAGGUGGUUUAAUAUGGACGCAAUGCCAGCCUUGCUUGAAUUAUUUCCCUCAAAAGCUUCCGAUUUAUGAUCCUCGAGUAUCUACCACUUAUGCUACACUUCCUUGUGAACAUCGUCUCUGCAAGACCCCGGGUAAAAACCUCAAUUGUGUAGACGGCUUAUGUCGUUACGCUGUUAGCUACGGCGGUGGCACCUCCACUAAGGGCGUUUUAUCUACUGAAACAUUCCAUUUCUUAAUUGACAAAACCAAUACAAGGGAUUUUAAUGUCGUGUUCGGUUGCUCUAACGAUACCACUAAAGUUUCUUUUCAGAACACUGAGAUUUCAGGUAUAUUUGGAGUAAGCAUCUCCCCGGAUUCGAUGGCGAGACAGUUUUCGACCGAAACUAACUCUCGAUUCUCCUACUGCUUUGCCCCUUUUGACGGUGCAGUACCCCCUCCACUUGUUCUAAGGUUCGGAGAAGACAUUCCGAAGUUCCCUGCGGGACACCUUCAAUCAACAUUGGUCUUGCAACCUCCGCCGUACAGAUAUUUUUACUACUUGCAAUUGUUGGAUAUAAGUGUUGGCAAUUAUCGUAUCGGAUUUCCACCGUCAACUUUUCAGUUCAGGGCAGGCGGGGCCGGUGGUUGUUUCAUAGACUCAGGAGCUAUGUACACUUUCAUCGAUGCCGGCACAAUCGGAGUGAAUGCAUACGAGAGAGUAAUGUCAACAUUUAUUGCUUAUUAUGGGUCGAAAGGUCUUCAAAGGCGGCCCGGACGAUCAUUCGAAGUUUGUUAUGUAAACCGGAUUGGUUUCAAUGAAUUUGCAUCUUUAACAUUCCAUUUCAAUGGAGCCGAUUACACGGUUGAUGGAGGAUACGUGAAUGUGUUCAAGCAAGGGUAUUUCUGCGUUGGAAUACUAAAGGGUCCCUCCAAAACUGUACUUGGAGCAUGGCAUCAGCAAAAUAAACGUAUCAUUCAUGAUGAAUUAUUCGGUGAACUUCAAUUUGCUGAUGAAAAUUGUGCCAAUGAUGUUGCAUGA